AUGAAGAGUCGCUUCCCAUUUCUCUUACACAAUUCCCUGUAUUUUAUACUGAUAUUCUUCAGUCAAUUCCCUUUCGUUUUCACUGAUGAUAAUCGCACAGAAUGGUUCACUAACUGCACCAAUUUAUUCAGCUGCGGAGGAAUCAACACCGGGGAUUUCCCCUUCUGGGGCGGCAACCGUCCCCGGGAAUGCGGCCAUCCCGGAAUGAAGCUCGAUUGCGACAACGACACUCCGGUCAUAGAAAUCAUGUCCGUAAAAUACCGGGUUCUCGAAAUCAAUCCCGAUUCCCAAAUCCUCAGGAUUAUCCGACAAGAUUUCGGGCCGACCGAUCUUUGUCCGGAUAAAUUUAUAAACACCACCCUGGAUUACAACAUAUUUGAGUAUAGUCCUGGAUACCUAAAUGUUACAGUCCAAUAUGGAUGCCCGCUUUUGUAUAUCCAGAUUCCGUCGAUGUUGACUUGUACUGUAAACGGAACAACUUACCAGAAUGGUUAUGUUGUUCCAGGGGCACAGGGCCCUGGUUCAUGUCAGGCUAGUGUUUUCUUUCCGAUUCGCAGCACAAGUUUUGGAGUAAUGCAAGAGAUGCCGAAUAUCGGACAGUUAAUCGACAGAGGAUUCGAAUUGAGGUGGAAAUUAGAUGGAACAGGAUGCAAAGAGUGCAAAAAUUCGCGUGGAAGUUGCGGAUAUGACCUGAAAUCCGGUCAGUUUACAUGCUUAUGUCCGUCCGGUGAGUCCUCUGGUUCCAGUGAAUGCAGCAGAUCAAAUGUAUCAAUAUCUGGUGGUGAUCAAUAUCGCAGUGAAUCUCUGUCUACUCUGAAUUCAGAUUUUGUUUCAAGUAGCCCUGAACUUUAUCAGAAGUGCCCGAAUUCGUUCAGCUGCGGUGACAUCACAGAAAUCGGCUACCCCUUCCGGGUAAAGGACGAUCCUGAAUACUGCGGGUAUCCCGGUUUAGAGCUGAGAUGUUACCAGAGCAAGAAUGAUGGCCCUGUAACAAGAAUUGAGAUCAACAACAUGGCGUAUCGGGUCUUGGACAUCAACCCACAAUCCCAAAUCAUGAGGAUUGCCAGAGAAGACGUGAUGGAAGCCAAUUGUCCGACGGAAUUAGUAAACACGACUUUGGAUUACGCGCUCUUCGAUUACGCAACUCCGGCGAAUUACACAAACCUGACAUUUCUCUACGGUUGUCCCAUGUCCAAUCUCGGGCUAAACCCUUUUACUCCAUGUGGGAACAACGGCGCCGGUAGCGUGUACGUGUUGCCUGCCGGAACUGUGGGUCCAGCAAGGUGUAACUCGAGUGUGAUAUAUCCGGUGGCUCAAACAGGGGAUGGAGGAUCCUUUAAUUAUACGGGUUUGGACCAGAUUCUCCGGCGAGGAUUUGACGUCAGGUGGAAAGUGGAUAGCAGGAUUUGCGGUGAAUGCAGUGCAUCCAACGGGAAAUGUGGGUACAAUUUUGUCACGAAUCAAACCAAUUGCUAUUGCCCCAACCCGCCAAAUGUAGAAGCGGUGGCUUGCUCGGUAUCAUCAACUUCACCAUCCUCUAGAGGUAAUCCUACAAUUCUCACCCUUUAA